UCGAACGAAGCGGUACGCCUGCGCGCACGUUUUCCCACUGUCAGCUACCAAAUUGAAAACAGUUGUCAAACUGCAAACAAAAGUGCACAAAAGUUGGCAAGUUUUGUGAACAAAUCAAAGAUCAAGACAAGUUAUACAUAAAUAUAUAUUGUUAUAUUUAUGAAAGAUAUCUGUAUAUAGACUAUAUGCACUUAUGAAAGACAACAGCGCAGACGCGAGAACGGCAAAUAUAAAAAUAAAGGAGAAAUAAAAAUAAAAAAGCAUAAAAAUUCCUCAGAUCGUUCGGUGUGCGGCGCACAACGUGAAUGUUGCGGACGGUCAAGCGAACAAAAAGCCCUGAAAAAUAAAAUAAAAAUAAAAAAUAACAAAAUAAAAUCAAGCAAAGGUGCGAGACAAGAAAUUAAAUUGAUAAACCUAAAAGCAAAAGCAAGCGCAACAACAACAACAACAACGAACCCUUGACCGUGCCUAGUCGCAGAGCCUUGGCAGGACUUGGUGCCCAGUGACUGGGACUUGGACUUGGACUUGGACUUGUCGCGCUGCUGUGGCAAUUAUCAAGCGCAGUGCAUCAGGCUGGGAAUGCCAAACCGCUGUAGACAAGUCGCAUAUACGUGUGUGUAUGUGUGUGUGUGUGUUACGCGCGCGCUCGUGUUUGUGUGUGUGUGCGCGCCUUUGCUUAUGUGUGUGGUAAAUAGCUCAAAGCCACGAAAUUGCUUUUAUCGGCGCGCCAAAAUCGCCAAUUGGAAAAAUUGAAAAAAAAAACAACCAACCAAACAAAACAACAACAAGAAAAAACUGUUAAGCUAGUUGACCAGAAACAGCUUUUAGGCCCUUUAGUCAAGGUAAAAACUUAAACUAAAAACAAAAACAACAACCGCAUCGCGUGGAGGCCGCGAUAAACUCCAAAAACUGCGGACCAGAGAGCGAGGAAAUUGCUAAAAUAUUACCCGAAAGGCAUAUUCGCUAUGUGCAUACAUGUGCAGCGGCCCACAGAUACAGACAACAACAACAACAACAAUAACAAUAACAACUGCGACGGCACUGCAAAAUGUAUAAUAAAAAAUUACAACAAGUGAUCGUGCAGAAAAUAGAUCGAUAAACCGACCAAAAAAAAAAAUAGAAAAUAAAGCAACAGAAUUGAGGCAGCAAAAAAUAAAUAAAGCGGCGUUGGGCACGUUUUUUUUUUUGCUGUUUCAAUUUCAAUUGUGGAAAUCGUAGAAAAAUCGCCAAAACGUACUAAACCAACCGGUCAGAGCAGCGCCAGAGCGAGCGAGCGAGACAGGUAGAGAAAGAGAGAGAGGGAGAGACGGCUCGCCAAUAGAACUAGCUGGAGCAAAAGGACUAGACCCACAGACCCGAUAAAGCCCUGGGAUCAGGCGCAAUAUUUAUUAAACAAAGCCAGAAAUUAAUUUCACGACUUUCGUCGGACGACGACGACGACGACGACGCCGACGAGCUGCAUCUGAGUUUCAUCUGGUUAAAGCGUGCGCAACGCCCUGCAUGCCGCAGCCCAAACUCCAGCCAUCAGCCGGCUUCUUUAUGCGCAGCUUGAAACUGCACUCAGUUUGAGCGGGCCACAGAGAGAGGGAGACAGACAGAGCGAGAGAGAGAGAGAGGUAGAGGGAGAGCAGCAGUUCGGUGACUGCAGCAGCAAAAUGUACGACAUCAAGCGCCUGGAAGCCGGACAACAGCAGCUACAACAACAACAAAUACAACAACAACAACCACAACUACAACAACAACCAACACUUGGCCAUAGUCUAAACGAUCGCCUGAACGGCUCUGCGCCGCUUCAGCUCACCUGCAGCGUUAUAACGCCCACGCCGCUCGCUGCAACGACGCCGAAGAGUCACUGCAGCAGCAGCCACAGCAGCAGCAGCAGCAGCCCCAUUGAAGCCACACACAUGACGCUGUUGACGCUGCGCCGUCGCCGGGCGUUCCAGCGUCGCGCCUGCCUGCUCAGCAUACUGGCCGCCUUUGUCUUUGGCAUGGCGCUGGGCGUCAUCGUGCCCAUGCUCGGACUGCCCGACUACUUUGCCAAUGACAGCAGCAGCAGCGGGAGCAGCGGCAGCGAUGAGUCAGCGUCUGCCACGCUUAAACUCAGCGAGGAGCCGCCCAGCAACAACUACGAACGACCGCCGCUGCCGUACAGCGUGUCCUUCAUACGCGAGGAGGCCGAGCAGCUGGCCAGUGUGGAGCUGAGCGCGGAGCAGGUCUUCCGCAAUGCCUUCCAUCUGGAGCAGGACAAGAAUGCGCCCGACUCGAUGAUAGUCAAGAAACUGGACACCAACGAUGGCAGCAUCAAGGAGUUCCAUGUGCAGCGCACCGCCAACGGACGCUAUCGCAAGGGACCCGAGCGUCGCCUGACCAAGACCCAGCCGCAGCCGGAGCGCAGCAAAUCCCAAGCCAAGUCCCAGCAGCAGCAGCCACAAGCUGGCGAGCUGCAAACGGCGGGCAUCAUUGAGUCGGACAUCUACUGGGGCGAGCUGGUGGAGCGUGCGCUGCCGCAGGGCUUUGCUGCCGCGGAUCAGCACAGCUGGGAGCGCUAUGUGGCCGGCCAGGGUCAGGUGGUGCGGCUGGAGCACGGCUGCGGCCGCAUGCAGAAUCGCCUGGUCGUGUUCGCCGAUGGGACGCGGGCCUGUGCACGCUAUCGCCAGAACACGGAUCAGAUCCAGGGCGAGAUAUUUAGCUACUAUCUGGGCCAAUUGCUGAACAUUAGCAAUCUGGCGCCCAGCGCAGCGACAGUCAUUGACACCACGACGCCGAGCUGGUCAACGGCAUUGGGCGACAUCACCCAGGCGCAGUGGAAGGAGCACAGGCCGGUGGUGUUAACGCGUUGGCUGGCCGAUUUGGAGCCAGCCGGCAUACCGCAACCGUUUCAGCCACUGGAGCGGCAUCUCAACAAGUACGAUGUCUGGAAUAUAACGCAGCAAAUGCAGCGGGAGACGGCAGAUGAUGGUACGAUUCAGUCGCGCGGAUUACUCAAGCGGCUGGAGCCUGCCAGCGGCCAAACGGGCGCUCAUCAAUCACGCACGCUUGAGGAGAACGCCACAGAGUUGUCCUCUGCUGCCACAGUCGCAGUCGCAGCCGCAUCCUCGACAGCGUCAACGUCGUCAGCGUCGUCGUCGUCGUCGACGCUGGUGCAGCGACUAAUUGAAUUGGCACAAUGGUCCGAUUUAAUCGUCUUCGAUUACCUGAUCGCGAACCUCGAUCGUGUCGUUAAUAACUUGUACAACUUUCAAUGGAAUGCCGACAUUAUGGCUGCGCCGGCUCACAAUCUGGCACGGCAGAGCGAUACGCAGCUGCUCGUGUUUCUGGACAACGAAUCGGGCCUACUCCAUGGCUAUCGUCUGCUCAAGAAGUAUGAGGCCUAUCACAGUCUGCUAUUGGACAAUCUGUGCAUCUUUCGACGACCCACCAUUGAGGCGCUGCAGCGUUUGCGUGUGGAGGGCGCGGGUCGCCAACUGCGCGAUCUUUUUGAGCGCACAACCAGCCCGAAUGUGCGUGAUGUGCUGCCCUCUCUGCCGGAUAAAUCAAUCAAGAUUCUGGCGGAACGCAUCGAUCGCGUGCUGGCCCAGGUACACAAGUGCAGCGACAGCAACAAGAGCAGCUAAUGAAACGAACGAUAACGAAUCCAACUACACACAUAUAUAUAUAUAUAUAUAUAUAUAUCUAUAUAUAAAUAUAUAUGCAUUAACAUAUAUAUAUAGAUCAUAUAUAUUUCUCGACUGAUAAGCUGUAAAUAUCGUUAAACUAAAUGUUCGCCUUGUUAAACAGACACACACAUGUUUAUUUUAAUCUAAGUGAUUUAACUUAAUCAAAUGCCAAAUGUUCACAACUGGCCCGGCUCAAUUAGUCAAUAGAGAGAACAGCUUAACAAUUUCCAUAUAAAUCGGUGGGCCAAGUACGAGUAUUAGCAGGACAUCAGAUCAAUAUCUAAAGCGAGUAUUAAGCAUUAACUUUCGCUAUUAAGCAUCUAGCAUUAAUAAUUGUUUUAUUUUUAAUUUUCCACUUCGUAUUUAGUUUGAGAUACAUUUGUUGUGAUAUUUUGUUUAAGCAUUUAGUGAAAACUAAUUUCUAAUCUAUAAGUAGAUAUCAUUUUUUGUAUAAUUUAUGGGCCAUUUUC